GAGCUCGCCAUUCUUUACAACUGCACCCGCACGGCCACGGUGACAGCUCUGACGGACAUCAAGCUCUGGGCGAUCGACCGUCAGGGUUUCCAGACCAUCAUGAUGAGGACCGGUCUCAUCAAACACUCCCAGUACACCGACUUCCUCCGCAGCGUUCCCUCGUUUCAGGCGCUACCUGAGGACAUCCUCAGCAAACUGGCCGAUGUUUUGGAGGAGACUCGUUACAGCGACUCUGAUUACAUUAUCCGUCAGGGAGCCACCGGAGACACAUUCUUCAUCAUCAGCGAAGGACAGGUCAAAGUGUCUCAGCAGAACUCGGCCGGCGACGAGCCGCAGACGGUGAAGACUCUCUCUAAAGGGGACUGGUUUGGAGAGCAGGCGCUGCAGGGCGAGGACGUCCGCACGGCGAGCGUCACGGCUGUGGGAGACGUCACAUGUCUGGUCAUUGAUAGAGAGUCUUUCAAGCAGCUGAUUGGAGGACUGGAGGACGCCAACAACAAGCAGUACGACAGCGAUGAGAUCAAAGCAAAGCUGCAGGCUGAGGCAGACUCCUUCUCCAGCGUCUCUCUGAGUGACAUCAACAUCGUGUGCACUCUGGGGAUGGGAGGCUUCAGCCGCGUGGAGCUGGUGCAGUUAAAGAACGACAGCAGCAGGUCGUUUGCUCUCAAAGUGUUGAAGAAGCGUCACAUCCUGGACACCAGCCAGCAGGGACACAUCCUGUCGGAGCGCCGCAUCAUGAUGGAGGCUCACAGCCCCUUCUUAAUCAGGUUGUAUCGGACAUUCAGAGACUCUAAAUAUCUCUACAUGCUGCUGGAGGUGUGUCUCGGAGGUGAACUGUGGACGCUGCUCAGAGACAGGGGAUCGUUUGAUGACGGCACCACUCGUUUCUACACGGGCUGUGUCAUCGAGGCUCUGGCCUUCCUGCACUCCAGAGGGAUCAUCUACAGAGACCUCAAACCCGAGAACAUCAUCCUGGACCACAGAGGAUACGCUAAGCUGGUGGACUUUGGUUUCGCGAAGAAGGUGGGUCUGGGGCAGAAGACGUGGACGUUCUGCGGGACCCCUGAGUACGUGGCUCCUGAGAUCAUCCUGAACAAAGGACACGACUGCUCGGCCGACUGCUGGUCUCUGGGGAUCCUGGUGUUUGAGCUGCUCAGCGGCAGUCCGCCGUUUUCGGGGUCCGACCCCAUGAAGACGUACAACAUCAUCCUGAAAGGCAUCGACAUGAUCGAGUUCCCCAAGAAGAUCACCAAGAGCACCAGUAACCUCAUCAAACGCCUCUGCAGAGAUAAUCCUUCAGAGCGGCUCGGGAACCAGAAGAACGGUGUGAAGGACAUCCAGAAACACAAGUGGUUUGAAGGAUUUAACUGGGACGGACUCCGACACGGAACCAUGGACUCCCCGUUCACCCCCGCAGUGGACGGUCCUCUCGACACCAGUAACUUUGACUUCUUCCCUGAGGAGGUCGACGAGCCGCCGCCUGAUGAGGAGUCGGGCUGGGAUCUUGAGUUUUAACAGGAAGUGGAUCCUCCACGGACAGGAAGUGAAGCCAUAUGAGAUACUUUCAGAAGAACGAUGUCAGAGUUUAAGAAUAUUUCCAGAUUACAAACACGCGGCUCGUGGCCCAGCAGACCUCAAAGAUGUCGAGGCGGUUCAGACGUUGAAGGGGUCUGAGGUGAACUGA